CGCUUGGUCACAGUUUGAGAGUGACCAUGAUCCUUUCAAUCCUAUUCCUCGCCGUUCUUAAUUUUCAAACAAUAUAUUCUCAGUACGCCAUUCCUCGACCGUCAAUAGAAAUUCUUCAUCCUAAAGGAUUUAUUUUAAGAGUUCAAGACAAUGGGAAAAUAAAAAAUUUUGAUUUUCACAUAAAAAUUAACGAAGAAUUCACUGGAAGAGAAAGCGGAACGUUUAACAGGGAUCUAAACCAACCUAUAAAUGGAUUUUGGACGUUCACGGAAUCAAAGUACAGGCUUAAAGUUGGGGAUAUAAUUUAUUAUUGGUUACAUGCAAUUGACAAAAAUGGUUUGGAAUAUUUUAGGGAUAUUGAACCUUAUCAAGUAACAUCACUCCCUGGAAAUAAUAAAAAUAAAAAUAAUGGUAAUCGAGGUAAUGGAAACAAUAAAAAUCCCGUAUACCCAACAUAUCCAACUCGCCCAGAAACUGAACCGCCGAUUGAAAAAGAAACUCCAUCAACAACAACAACACCUAAACCAACAACUCCUUCAAUUUGUAUUGAAACGCCCACAAAAAUUAAUAAUGGAGCAUCCACUUGUUCAGGAAAAGUAAUUUUUUCAGAAGAAUUUAACGAUUUAGAUAAGUGGCAAUCGGAAGUUAGAAUCGCUGGAGAACCUGACUUUGAAUUUGUCACAUAUGUUAAUGACCAAGACAAUUUAUAUUUAAAAGAUGGAGUUUGUGUUUUCCACCCAAUUUUUGCUGAUGAUAAAUAUGGAAAUGGUUACGUUCGGAAUGCACUAUUAGAUUUAAAUAUAAAUUGUACCGCUUUUAACGAAUACGAUUGUAAAAGAAGACCAAUAGGUUCAAAUAUCCUCCCACCAGUUUUUUCAUCAAGAAUAAACUCAAAGCCGACAUUUUCAUUCCUGUACGGAAAAGUUGAAAUAAAAGCGAAAUUACCGAAAGGAAAUUGGAUUUAUCCCCAACUUUAUUUAACCCCAAAAAGAUUUUCUUACGGUUCUGGAUACAAUUCCGGCGAAAUGAGAGUCGCUUACACCCUUGGAAAUAUGAACUUAAAUAAUGAAUUAAGCGGGGGGCUUAUUUUGGGGGAUGAUGAGUCAGGAAGAAAUUACGCGAUUAGAAAAUAUUCUAAAAAUGAAAAUUGGAGUGAAAAUUUCAACGUUUUUGGGUUGGAAUGGCGUCCUGAUAGGGUGAGUCUUUCGGUUGAUGGAAUUCCAUAUGGAAACAUUUAUCCACCGCCAAGUGGAUUUGGAGAUGUUUAUAAAUCGGAAAGUUCAGAAAAAUGGAAACAAGGAGAUGUUUUGGCACCGUUUGACCAAGAAAUGAUAAUUACGUUAGGAGUUGGUGUUGGUGGUCAUGGUAUCCCUGAAGUUGAAGGAAAACCUUACAAAAAUCAAGAUGCAAAAGAGAUGUUAAACUUUUAUCUAAAUAAAAACACUUAUUUACAAUCAUGGCAAGAAGGUAACGACUUAAAGGUUGACUACGUGAAAGUUUAUGCUUUGUAAGAAAUUUAUUUCUUGUAAUUUUGAUUUUCUAGCCUAUAAAUAAAAUU